CCGGAAGUGGUGUGCUCAUACGUAAUUGUUCCAGGACGUGCGUUGUGUUUUGGGAGCGCGCUCUAUCUUACAUAAUUGCUGACAGUUAAACAGAAAUUCGAACUCUGUUUCGGGGACUGGAAGUAGUUUAAAGUAAAGCAACAAAAUGUCUGGCGGGACCCAGUUGGAAAAUGCCAACCCGGUCAUAUUCGAGCGGUCCGGCGAGAGGCUGCAGACAGCAGCCGAUGAGGACGAAGACGUUCACGACCCCAUAGAUGACAGAGAAAUUUUUGAUCUGAUCAGAUCCAUCAAUGAUCCCGAGCAUCCUCUCUCUCUAGAGGAGCUGAACGUGGUGGAGCAAGUCAGAGUCAAAGUGAACGACGCAGAGAGUAACGUGGGCGUGGAGUUCACACCCACCAUCCCCCACUGCAGCAUGGCCACGCUCAUCGGCCUGUCAAUCAAAGUCAAGCUGCUACGCUCUCUACCUGACAGAUUCAAGAUCGAUGUGCAUAUCACGCCUGGGACGCAUGCCUCAGAGGACGCAGUGAACAAGCAGCUGGCUGACAAAGAGCGAGUGGCGGCCGCGCUGGAGAACUCGUCGCUGUUGGAGGUGGUCAACCAGUGUUUGUCCACCAGGAGCGUCUGAGGAUCAAGAAGUGUUACCUACUGCCACCGACACCACUGGAGCCUUACCACGGGUUGUGAAAUAUGCAGCAGAGGCAAGGCAAAUGUCUUCAAAGUGAGAGCGUGCGGGUAACUGCAUGAAUUACGUACUCACCAGCACGUCAUUGGGUACACCUGAACAGUCUAAUAAUUGAUAAUACAAAAGAGACACCCCGCCCCCCAAAAAAUGCUCAAAAAUAAAAAUAGUUAUUUUAUUAUGUCUAAAUAUAAAUUCUGCUAUUUUUUAAAUGUUAACAACAUAUUUCGACCCCAAGAAAUGGAUAAGAAUGCCGGAACGAAAGGUGCAAGUGUAUCUAAUUAUGUGCAUCAAAGUUUGUUUGUUUUUUCCUGAUAGACUGAAGACAGAAACUGUGUUAACUGUAUUUAAUAUCCACUUGAUGUUCGUGUUAUUAAAAUAUUCACCAUGUCAUCUAAACGUUG